AUGGCAUCCGAUGACUUUGAUAUAGUGAUUGAGGCCAUGCUGGAGGCUCCCUAUAAAAAAGAAGAGGAUGAGCAGCAAAGGAAAGAGGUUAAAAAGGACGGCCCUAGCAAUACCAGCAGCAGCACCGGCAAUGGUGGCGGUGGGAGCAGCACCAGUGGGGAGGAAAGCAAGAAGAAGAGUCGGAGCCAUAGUAAAAGCAGGGAUAGAAAGCGCAGUCGUAGUCAAGACCGUAGUCGAGACCGGGACCGGCAUAGACGGAGAAGUAGUCGGAGCCGAAGCCGAGAUCGGCAGCGUCGUCACCGCAGCCAUAGCUGGGAUCAUCAACAUAGUAGUGAGUCCAGAAGUCGGGCCCCACGUCGUGAGAAUCGUGUGCACUACCGGAGUCCACCACUUGCCGCUGGGCAUAGGUAUGGACCCAGUAAGAGUCCUCAUGUCAGAGAGAAGAGUCCGGUCAGGGAGCCAAUUGAUAACCUGAGUCCCGAGGAACGUGAUGCCCGGACAGUUUUCUGUAUGCAGUUAGCCGCCCGCAUUCGGCCUCGAGACCUGGAGGACUUUUUCUCUGCUAUUGGCAAGGUUCGUGACGUACGUAUUAUCUCAGACCGGAACUCCCGUCGCUCUAAGGGCAUUGCCUAUGUGGAAUUCUGUGAAAUCCAGUCUGUGCCACUGGCCAUUGGGUUGACGGGGCAGCGGCUGCUGGGGGUGCCCAUCAUUGUGCAGGCCUCGCAGGCUGAGAAAAACCGGCUGGCAGCCAUGGCCAACAACCUACAGAAAGGCAGCGGUGGACCAAAGCGCCUCUAUGUGGGCUCCCUGCACUGCAAUAUCACCGAGGACAUGCUCCGGGGCAUCUUUGAGCCCUUUGGCAGAAUUGAUAAUAUUGUCCUGAUGAAGGACUCAGGUACAGGCCGCUCUAAAGGUUAUGGUUUCAUUACGUUCUCUGACUCUGAGUGUGCCCGACGGGCCCUGGAACAGUUGAAUGGCUUUGAGCUUGCUGGUCGACCUAUGAGGGUUGGCCAUGUGACUGAGAGACCGGAUGGUGGCACAGACAUCACUUUUCCUGAUGGAGACCAGGAGCGGGAUCUGGGAUCAGCAGGUGGACGUUUGCAGCUCAUGGCCAAAUUGGCAGAAGGCUCUGGAAUCCAACUGCCAACCACAGGCGCUGCCGCCGCCGCUGCCCAAGCUGCUGCCUUGCAGCUGAAUGGAGUUCACUUGGGGGCCCUAAACCCAGCAGCUCUGACUGCUCUGAGUCCAGCCCUGAACCUUGCCUCUCAGGCAAUUGCCUCCCAGUGCUUUCAGCUUUCCAGCCUUUUCACCCCCCAGACCAUGUGA